AUGGACAACAAUCGGCUCUACAGCGGGCACAUUUGCCACGCGCUUGAAGACAACGAGGAGCUGCACAAAAACAACGAUCUCGGCGAAGAACUCGAAAAGAUCGAAAGCCUCCAUUUCCAGGUCACCCAAGCUGUCAAGGACGAGGUCGAAAUUAUCGCCCCGGAGAAGUAUCUCUGCAACUCCUUCGACGAUCUCACUCAACUCAACGAGAAGUUGAAGAGGAACCUGAGCGUUUACGGCUGGGAAAAGCCGCUUCUCGUCCAGCGAGUGUCGAUGCGCCCGAUUCAAGAGCAACAGGACAUUCUCGUCAAUGCCCAAACCGGCUCUGGAAAGACGGGAGCGUUCUUGAUUCCAAUCAUCAACCACAUUUUGACCAACAAAAGAGAGAAGAAAUUCCCAAACGAGGACGAAUCUGGAAUUCCGGGCGUCGAUGUCAUCGGAAUCGACCCUCGAGCGUUGAUCAUGACGCCAACGCGCGAACUGGCGAUUCAAAUUGCCAAGGAAGCGAUCAAACUAACUCGUGGACUCGAGCGCGAGGAGAUCAAGAUCUGCAACCUCUACGGCGGCACGAAGCGCUCUACCCAGCGCUUCCACGCGUUUGGAGCGGACAUCAUCGUUGGCACUCCCGGCCGCGUCGCUGACAUCUUGUUUCCAAGCGUCGAAGGUGCAACUAAGCAACACUUUGAGAGUUGCGAGUUCGUCGUCCUGGACGAAGCAGAUCGAAUGCUGGACAACGGCUUCGGCGAACUCAACAACAUCAUCAUCAACAAGAUCAAGGAAAAACGCAGUAGCGCGGGUCCAGUCAGCAAGGUCCUUACUUCCGCUACCUUUCCCGCUGAAGUGCAGGUUUUCGCCAACAAGUUUCUGCGCCCAGAUUACUUGUACGCUCAGUGCGGAAUUCUCAACGCUCCAUGCGCGUCCGUGAAGCAACAAGUGAUCAAAGUCGAAGGGCUGAACAACAAGUUCGAGCAGCUCAGGUCCGUCCUCGAGGAAUUUCAAAUCGGCAGCGGCAAGAAGGCGCUCGUUUUCGCCAACACAAAAACGCGAGUCGACUACUUGGGCUGCAUGCUCUCCGAGUCCAUGGAUUUCACUUGCAUGACGAUGCACGGCGAUCGAUCCCAGGAGCAGCGGGAAUUCGCGCUUUGGACUUUUGCCACGACCAACUGCCACGUUUUGAUCGCCACUAACGUGGCCGCCCGUGGAUUGGACAUUCCCGCGGUCGACUUGAUCGUCAACUUCGACUGCUCCGACAUCGAGUACUUCCACGACGACUUCAUCCACCGAAUCGGGCGCACUGGACGCGUUGGUCGACCGGGCACAGCCGUCACCUUCAUCCAAGAAGGAGGAAGAUUCAGCGACGAGAAAAAAGUCCCCAUCCUCGUCAAACUCAUGAAGGACGUGAAGGCUGAGGUGCCAGAGUGGCUUCAAGAAAUGGCCGACAACACUCCCGAUUCGGACGAGGAGGAGAAGAGCAACGACGCUGCCAGCGUUACCAGUCGAAUCUCGUCGAAAGCUGCUUCCUCCAAGUCCUGCCCGACGCUCAUUGGCGAGAGCGACGAUGAGGACGAAAACAAGGAGGACGACUCUCCCGAAGCGCAAGAAAAAUUCCGACUCGCUCUUGGUGGCUUCGACGAAUCCUAA